GCUUUAGUUUUCUUAUCUGUGAAAUGGGUGCAUGAGCCCUGCCUGACAGGGUGAGAUGAGGUACACAAGCCCUAUCCUACUUCACUCCCCUCUUCCUUCCUGCCCGAAAGGCCCUGGCUCACCUGGGAUCCAGCUGGGGCACAGCAGGUGUUGAUAUGUCCACCUGCUGCCCCCCGGCUGUGAUAUGCCCCCCUGGCUGCGGGGGACAGAGGGACAGCUGGCCAGACCGGGAAGCCUGGGGACAGACCCUGGGACAUCAGGGUCAGGAGCGUACAGGGUGCAGCCCUCUUGGCCUAGUGAUGGGGAUCCCUAGGGGAAAGACCUAGGGGCCAGGAGGUCAUGGAGACAAGACUCGAACCCAGGAUUGGGGCCCCCAGGUCCUCCUGUCCUUUGUGUAGGCUCACUUUCAGGUUACCCUGGCACCAGCAGGGGCCAGCCUGGUUGGGCCUGGGAAUUCAGAGAUGGGUGCCAAGGUGGGCCUGGAGCACGACGUAGGCAGACACGGGGCCGAGCCCCACCUUGCUACCCGCUGGUAAGGGGCCUUGGGCAAGUCGUGGCCACUCCUGAGCCCCCAUCUCCUCAUCUCAAAAAUGAACAUCAUUCCCACUCUUCCCACCUUUCAAGGUUGUCAUGAGGCUCCCUAUGAUAGUGUGGACAAAAGUCACUCUGUAGACCAUCAAGAACUGACCAGGCCAGAUGUGGUGGCUCAUGCCUGUAAUCCCAACACUUUGGGAGGCUGAGGUGGGUGGAUCACCUGAGGUCAGGAGUUUGAAACUAGCCUGGCCAACAUGGUGAAACCCCAUCUUUACUAAAAAUAGAAAGAUUUGCUGGGUGUAGUGGCAUGCAGGUAUAACCCUGGAUACUUGGGAGGGUGAGGCAGGAGAAUCUCUUGAACCUGGGAGGUGGAGGUUACAGUGAGCCAAGAUUGCACCAUUGCACUCCAGCCUAGGUGACAGAGUGACACUGUCUCAAAAAAGAAAAAAAACCGCCCAGAAGAAAUGUGUCAUUUCACCCUCUGGGGCAUUUCUGUAUCCCUGUCACCAAGACAGUCUGGUAUGGAGUAGGUGCUCAGUAAGUGUUGAAUAAAUGAAUGAUAAAAGUUACCUAUUACAUACCGAGUGUCACCCAGGGAAAUUUCCAUAAAGUGUCCUCAUCUUCACAGCAACCCCAGGAGUUUAGGUAUGGCCCAUUUUACAGAUAAGGAAGCUGAGGCUCAGAAAGUGAAAUUACUUACUGAAGGUCACACUGCAAGUGGCUAAGGAAGUCAGGAUUCACACCUGUCUCUUGAGUCCACGUCCUUUCAGGUUCUCAGGUGCCCACUGGGUUAUUCCUUCCCUGAGGUACACUGGUGAGUGUUCAACAAACAGUUCCAGGACGAGGGAGAUUUGUACACACCCCUGACUUCUAGCAUUUGCCAGUUCCCAUAGUGUAAAGAUUCUCACCAUGGCUGAUUUCAAGCAACCAGUGUGAUAUCAGCUGUCUCACAAAAUCCCUAGGAUGUAACAAGCUGCCCCCACGAGCCAGAAGCCAGCUUAGUGCACCCCCAUAGCUCUCUCAUUUGCACAGCCCCUUGCUCACCCAAGGACAGCCACAGAGUUAAGAGUGUUCCUCAAGGCUGAAACAACAGACCAGAACUAAACCAAUGGCUUGGGUGGGAGUACCUGUGCCUGUAGACCCCAGCCCUGUCCACCAGAGGCUAUGGAGCUCCCUGGGAUUUCAAAAUCACACAAAGACUUGGUUGGAUGGAUGAGACCGGAGGAUGGAUCUGCAGGACCGAGACUGGAAUAUUAAGUCCUGCCAGCCCCACGGUGUGCGAUAUUCCUGCCAGGCCUGGAGCAGAGCCCUGUAAACGCUGGAAUAUAAUAGACAAUAAAAGUCGCCGGAAAAUAGUGACUCUCCUAGGACCCCUGUCGUCUCUGCCACAUGCUGCUGCUGGAACCAUGAGCCCUGUGAUCAUGAGGCACAAUCGUCAUGUAAAUAUAUAGGGUCUCUCACCAGCCACGGGCCAAGAUUUAUUUUAUGGAGACAGUGGGGGAGGGGGCCAGCUCAGUUUCAUUGUCCUGGUAACUUUGUAAAAUGCUUUGCCAUCACUUCCCAGCUCCUGGGAGGAUGCAGCAGGAGCUGUGCAGCCUCUCUCGCCCUCCCAAAAGGGGGAUCCCCAGAGGCCCUGGACACCUCCUUCCAGGUCCACAGGCCCAAAGGCCUGGUGUCCAUAAGGCUGGGGUUCCCUGGAAAGUGGGUUUCUGGAAAUACUUGUUGCAGGGAUAUCGCUGUUGCGUGAGGGCUGGUUGUUUAUGAUAACAGGAAUCAUAACAGUGGCAGUACCCACAUUGAUUGAUUGAUUGAUUGAGACAGAGUCUCACUCCAUCACCCAGGCUGGAGUGCAGUGGCGUGACCUCAAUUCACUGCAACCUCUGCCUCCUGGGUUCAAGUGAUUCUCCUGAAUCAAGUGAUUCAGUGCUCAGCCUCCUGAGCAGCUGGGAUUACAGGUACCCGCCCCCACACCCAGCUAAUUUUUUGUAUUUUUAGUAAAAAUGAGGUUUUGCCAUGUUGGCCAGGCUGGUCUCGAACUCUUGACCUCAAGUGAUCCACUCACCUCAGCCUCCCAAAGUGCUGGGAUUACAGGCGUGAGCCACCCUGCUCGGCCCAGUACCCACAUUUAUUAAGCUCUUCUGCAUACCCGGGCCCUGAUAAUCCUGGGCUGGUAUUUUACCUGCAUGUAAAAUACCUCACUUGGUCCUCACGGCAACCCUACAAGAUGGGUCCUACUGUGGCUCCUAGUUUAUAAAAGAGGGAACUGCAAAGGGAUGACCCUGGGACUGGCCCAGGCUCACAUGGGCGGAUGGAGGCAGCACCGAAUUUGUACUCGGGGCUCUCAGACCCCUGAGCCUGCUGCCUCUCCACCUCCCCACAGCCUGGCCUGCUCUUCUCAGAUCCAGGACACUGCCUCCCUGCAGCCCCCUUCAUUGCCCCACGUUGAAAUUAACGGCCCCUUCUGUGAUUCAGCAACGCAGUUAAGUACAUUGGGGUUUUUUGGUUGGUGUUUUGUUUUUUGUUUUUUUAGAAAGAGGGUCUUGCUCUUUCACCCAGGUGGAAUGCAGUGGCCCAAUACUAGCUCUCCACAGCCUUGAACUCCUGGGCUUAAGUGAUCCUUCCAUCUCAGCCUUCCAAAGUGCUAGGAUUACAGGUGUGAGCCACCACGCCUGACCUAGUUAAGACUUUGAUUGGACACCCCCCCCGCCCCCCCCCCCCCACACACACUCCAUCUGCUCCUUCGCUGAGGGGAGGGUGCUCUGGACACACUGCUGAGGAUGUCCAGGUCAGGACUCAGGCCUGCAUUCCCAUCCAAGCUCUGCCUCUGCAGCUAGGACUCCCUGAGUCUCAGUUUCCUCAUCUGUCAAAUGGAUACACUGUCUGCCUUCCAGGGUUGUUUUGUGAGCACACAGCCUGGCACUAUCCCUGAAGGAUCUGGCCCAGCACCCGACACUGAUGGGUGCCCUGGAUGCAUGCCUCCAUAUACACGCCUCCAUGGCUGUGUGUUGGGGAGCCCAGGAGGCAUCCAAGCCACAGCCCCACGUCACUAUGGCUACUAUGCGUGAGGAAGGCAGUGUGCAGGUGCUGGAGGGCUCAGAAGUGAUCCAGGGUCCAAGAACAAAUUCCCUUAGCAAUUCCAGACCGAAAAGGUCUGGUUUUCUAGUGCCCAGAAAUGAGCACGUGAUUAAAUACAGGAUCCCCAGUUUAAUUCCAGAGCAACCCAGUGAAUCACAGAUCCUUUGUCAGCCAUAUAAGAAGCAUCUGCACAAGAGGGGCGCUUCUAGACUGUGAAGUCCAACCCACUCAUGUUGCAGGUGGGGAAACUGAGGCCCAAAGAUAGCCUGUGACUUUCCCAAGACCAUGCAGCCCUAUGGGAGUCUGGGCUGUAUGAGUCCUGGGCCACCAGACCACACACAGCACAGCUCAGAGCACAAGCCACUCCUGCGAAGCUAAAAAUGGCCACAUACUUCCUAAGCCCAACUCCAGGGUUCAGUGAGGAUCCUGGUCAGGAGAGCAACACAGGAAGGUGCAGGGGUUGCCAUGGUGUGGCCCCAGAUGCUGUGAUUAUGCGCCAGCCCCGUCACACCGUAUGGGUGGUAGGACUGGGCAAAGAAGACGCCGCCACCUGGAUGCACUGAGGUGUGCACAGCCGCGUGGAGAUGAUGCUGGGGGCUCGCGGUGACUCUCAGGAGGCCCUGGCCUGGCCUAUCUGGAGCCUUCUCUGUGAAAUGAGGCUGGUAACGCCCACUAGCAGGGUUGUAGGGGACAUGGAUCUGUGGCCACCUCCUCAAGGGGUGCCACACGCACCAGGUCCUGACUGGGAGUCCAGCCCCCAGGGCCUGUGGAUGGCUGGCCUGGGCCCAGCCUCCGCCCCCAAGGGUGCUGGCACCUAGCAUGUGCCCGACAGUUGGGGCCGGCUGGUGGGAAGGUGUGUGUCAGGUGGCAGAGCCUCAGUGCCAGGAUCUCACUCACGCGUCCUCCAGGGCCUCAGCUGCCGUAUGCCUGUGUCAGUCCCAGUGGCGAUGAGCUGCAGAUGGGGCACAGGGGUGGUUUGCCCAGGGCAGAAGUGGCUCGUUCUGAAAAAGGAAGCAGGUGCUGGCCACGGAGAGCCCCUCUUGGGGACCAGGGGCCGGGGCUGGCCUGCAGAGCCCAGAUUCCUCUCACAGACUGGGUGGCGGGGGGUCUGUCUGGCCUCUGUGCCCUUGAUCCCACGGUGUCCUCUACUGAGAAUCCCCUUCCCCUUUAGUCCAAACCCUGCUGGUCCUUCUGGGCCACCUCAGGUUUUCUACCUGUUGUCCAAAGCUCCCCGUGACCUGGCCCAGCCAGAAGCAGCAGCCAUGGGUCCUUUUCCUGAGCAGCUUCAUGCUCUUUUUAGCUUGUGGGUAGCAGUUCCAGGGCCUGCUCCUGGGGACCUGUAAGAACAGGAACUGUGUCUGAGUCAUUGCAGGGUCCCGAAGGGAAGACGAACACUCCUCAUCCUCUGAUCCUGGAUCCGCACCCUUGUUUUGGAGAAUGCAGGGCCCGAAUAAGGAUGCAAUAACAAUCAAAUAACAACCCCACUGAUGGGGUAUCUGCCUUGUGCCCCGCCUGGCCCUAAGCUCUUUCAACUCGUGCAAUGUCAUGUAACCCACCAGCACCCCGGGCAGUAGAUACUACCCUUGUCCCUGUUUUACCCGUGAGAAUGCAGGUGCACACAACUGGGACGUGGCUAAGCCAGAACUUGAACCAGGACUGCCGCCUGCCAGGGCUCUCAUCUCAUGGGCAACCAAGGAUUUGGGCCCAGUUUACAAAGGAGAGAAUAGAAAGGGUUAAGCUUUUAAAGGAACAGCAAGGGCCGGUCACGGUGGCUCACGCCUGUAAUCUUACCACUUUGGGAGGCCGAGGUCAGCAGAUCACCUGAGGUCAGGAGUUCGAGACCAGCCUGACCAACAUGGAGAAACCCCAUCUCUACUAAAAAUACAAAAUUAGCCGGGCGUGGUGGUGGGUGUCUGUAAUCCCAACUGCUUGGGAGUCUGAGGCAGGAGAAUCGCUUGAACCUCGGAGGUGGAGGUUGCGGUGAGCCAAGAUCAUGCUGCUGUACUCCAGCCUGGGCAACAAGAGCGAAACUCCAUCUCAAAUAAAUAAAUAAACAAACAGCAAGAACAGUUAUGCUUUUCAGCAUUUUGCUGGGCCCCAGUGUGGAUAGGUGGGGAGCGAGCACAAGGACCAAAGGAAAGGACCCUUGUCCCUCCCUGAGCCUACACUGGUCUAAUCGGGUGGCGCUGCCAUCAGAUUCCAGUCCCUGGUAAGCAGGGGGCUCCGUGGCGGCUGUGACAAGUUCCAUUCGCUUUGGAGGUGGCAGCCGGAGCUAUUUUUAGAGCAGCACGUGGUGGGGGAGUUUCCUUUUGGCGGUGUCUGGGGACCGGAGUCUUGGGAAGGGGAAGUCCCAUGCGGAGACAGAGGCCCUUCUUCCUGCACCCACCCCAGCCCAGAGAGGCGACCCAGCUCCCUGGAGGCCCAGGCACCUCAUGUCUGCCCUCAACCCAGAGUGGAGCAGACCUUCCCUGGAGCUUCUCAGGAGCCACUUCAAAAGGAGAAGAAGACACAUGAAUUAGAGACAGCACGGGGGAGCAGGCUGUGGAGCUGGGAGUGACGGGGUGAGUCCAGGAAGGCUGCCUGGAGGAGAUGCCCAGGAGAGAAGUUUGCUGGGAGGCAGCUCAUUUCAGGCAGGAGGAGCAGAGCCUGCCAAGGCCUCGAGUUCGUGCCCUCGUGAGGCUGGCAUGCAGGAUGGCAGGACAGCCCGGCCACAUGCCCCAUGGAGGGAGUUCCAACAACCUCUGCCACACCCUGGGGCCUGUGCAUCCUCCUGACCCACAGAGGCAUCCCAACACGCUGUCUUUUCGCUGCUCGCUGGCGGACUUCCAGAUUGAAAAGAAGAUAGGCCGAGGACAGUUCAGCGAGGUGUACAAGGCCACCUGCCUGCUGGACAGGAAGACAGUGGCUCUGAAGAAGGUGCAGAUCUUUGAGAUGAUGGACGCCAAGGCGAGGCAGGACUGCGUCAAGGAGAUCGGCCUCUUGAAGCAACUGAACCACCCAAAUAUCAUCAAGUAUUUGGACUCGUUUAUCGAAGACAACGAGCUGAACAUUGUGCUGGAGUUGGCUGACGCAGGGGACCUCUCGCAGAUGAUCAAGUACUUUAAGAAGCAGAAGCGGCUCAUCCCGGAGAGGACAGUAUGGAAGUACUUCGUGCAGCUGUGCAGCGCCGUGGAGCACAUGCAUUCCCGCCGGGUGAUGCACCGAGACAUCAAGCCUGCCAACGUGUUCAUCACAGCCACGGGCGUCGUGAAGCUCGGUGACCUUGGUCUGGGCCGCUUCUUCAGCUCUGAGACCACCGCAGCCCACUCCCUAGUGGGGACGCCCUACUACAUGUCACCGGAGAGGAUCCAUGAGAACGGCUACAACUUCAAGUCCGACAUCUGGUCGCUGGGCUGUCUGCUGUACGAGAUGGCAGCCCUCCAGAGCCCCUUCUAUGGAGAUAAGAUGAAUCUCUUCUCCCUGUGCCAGAAGAUUGAGCAGUGUGACUACCCCCCGCUCCCCGGGGAGCACUACUCCGAGAAGUUACGAGAACUGGUCAGCAUGUGCAUCUACCCUGACCCCGACCAGAGACCUGACAUCGGAUACGUGCACCAGGUGGCCAAGCAGAUGCACGUCUGGAUGUCCAGCACCUGAGCGUGGAUGCACCGUGCCUUAUCAAAGCCAGCACCACUUUGCCUUACUUGAGUCUUCUUCUCUUCGAGUGGCCACCUGGUAGCCUAGAACAGCUAAGACCACAGGGUUCAGCAGGUUCCCCAAAAGGCUGCCCAGCCUUACAGCAGAUGCUGAAGGCAGAGCAGCUGAGGGAGGGGCGCUGGCCACAUGUCACUGAUGGUCAAAUUCCAAAAAGUCCUUUCUUUAUACUGUUGUGGACAAUCUCAGCUGGGUCAAUAAGGGCAGGUGGUUCAGCGAGCCACGGCAGCCCCCUGUAUCUGGAUUGUAAUGUGAAUCUUUCUUUAGGGUAAUUCCUCCAGUGACCUGUCAAGGCUUAUGCUAACAGGAGACUUGCAGGAGACUGUGUGAUUUGUGUAGUGAGCCUUUGAAAAUGGUUAGUACCGAGUUCAGUUUAGUUCUUAGUAUCUUUUCAAUCAAGCUGUGUGCUUAAUUUACUCUGUUGUAAAGGGAUAAAGUGGAAAUCAUUUUUUUCCGUGGA